ACCACGCAUUAGCUCAUUCACAACUUACAUCUGAUAAAUGAAUAGUCUGUAUUAGCUCGUGGCAAUGUUCUACGACCCCAUGAAUUUACCUGACGUGAAUACUAAUCCUAAAUACGAACAGUGGUGGUACAGUGACAACUGGUGUGAUAGCCAUUCUCCACGUUUCGAGCACCAGCAGAGAUAACAGGAGUUUUCCGAACCUUGUGAAGUUGCAAAGUAGUUGACCUUCUACAAUUUGAUAAAGCCGACUUCCCAGUCGCCCAAUUUGAUUACAAGCAAUUGAAGCAUCAAAGAGGAAGCGCGUGAAGAUGGCUACAGUUCAGACACCGCCUGAGAGAAGCCUGCCGGCGACCAUGUCAGUGAGCCAGGAGCCUAGUGACAUAGACCUGGUGGCACUGACGAUGGCGGCGCUACGUUUCGUGAACCCCUGGUCAGUGGAACCCAAGAAACCCUGGCCAGCGCGCAUUGAACCAGGCACACCUGAAGCCAAGAACCGAGUGAUCACCCUAGCUGAAGUAUCCCUUCACGACACUCGAGACGAUUGCUGGGCAGUGAUUUAUGAUCGAGUGUACGACUUCACUACAUUCUUAGAUGAGCACCCUGGUGGAGACGAAAUAAUGCUGGAGUACGCGGGCCGCGACGCCAGCACCGCCUUCCGCAGCUCGGGCCACUCCAGCAUGGCUACUAAAGCUCUGGAUCGUUUCCUGGUGGGAGAGCUGCCAAUGCACGAACGCAUGUACCGGCGGCCAGGUGGAAUACGACUCAGCGACAUACCAGAAUGAGUCAAAUAGUCCUAAUAAUAAGGUUUAAUUUGCCAUUUAGAUUAUUUAAUAAUACAGUCCUUAAGACUGACAGCAUAGAGCGCAUCAAAGUUUUAGCAUCAGUGGGAGGCCUUAAUAGAAAAGCCUUAUCAAAUUCCACUCAUGUAAUUUUGACGCAUGUAUUUUAGAUUAUAAUUAAAACUAUGUUAAUAAAAUACGCUUUUCAUAUAAAUAGGGUAGUUUCGUAUAAAUCUUACAAGUUUUUAAAUAUGGCUGAAUACUUUGACUAGGAAUGAUAAUUAGUAUAUUUUGAAUAGCUUAGGUAGCUAAUCACUGCGCAGGAAAAAGCAAUCUUGCCAAUCGUGAGACACUUUAAUUUUUUGUUGCUUUCAGUCCGGAUCAAUAAAAUAUUAGAAUUUAAUAGAAAGUAGACAUUCUUUACACAGAUUUAAUGUUUUACCACAUGUACGAGUGAAACAAGUUACACGAAAUUUGUACCUAAUGAUAUAAGUAAAUAUACAUUGAAAGACUAGUUAAUUUUUUAACUAGCCUGACAAACGCCAGUUAUAAUUUAAGAAUAGACUAAGAUUAGGUGAUCCAUUAUUGCUAUUGUAAACUAAUUACCGUUGCGAAUCUAUAAAAAAAAGUUCACGCACACUAACGGUCAUACGUUCAACCAAUCAUAAGGCAGUAAUUCAAAACGCGCUUUUUGAUUGGCGAAUGGUGAUACGCUGGACGUAGACGCAUGUGUGUGUGCACAGGUAGUUACUAGGCUAGCUAUCGCAUGUGUUUUUCACUUUCACAUUAUAAUGUUUAUUGUAAGUUAAAUACUUGUUUGUUUAUAAUAUGAUUAUGCUGAUUUAUUUGCGACCUUAUAGGGCAGUGUAGCAAAACAGAUAACUGUCGUCUGGGCAAAGAUUUUGAACUAGUAUUACUAGGGACUACAUUCCAAUAUAUUCCAAUUACUUCGCUAGUGUAAUGUAUGCAUUUAUUUAUCUACUAUUUUCCUAAUUAUACAUCUAUUUUGAUGUAAACAGUAUUAUUUGUAUUUCGUGUAAAUAGGUGAAUUGUAUUAAUCUUAAGAAGUUGUUUUUAAUCGUUUAUCCUUGCUUUACUUAGUUAUGCGCAUGUUGUACCUAUUUUGUAUAAUGUGUUAUAAAGUUCCUAUUUUUAUAUUUAAUAAAAAGUUAAACGUAUAUCGAUA